AUGCUUCGAACGUUGGCAUUUGCAUUGGGUUCUUCCAGGCUCAAGUGGAUUCUCCCUUGGAUGACCGGGGAUACACGGGAGUGGCAAUCAUAUCUGGAUUGUGUGAUUCGGUCAGUGGAAGAGUUCCUGCGUAAUAGUCCAUCUAGAGAUGAAAUUUUGGCGGCCGCAAAAAAUCAACAAAAGUUCAAGCUGGGUCCUGUUGACAAGAUGCCCAUGCAAAGCUGUGGGGCCUAUCCCAUGGCUAGGAUAUAUAGCCCAGAUGAGGUGGUUCGCCGGCUAAAGCUGCACUAUUACCCAUGUUUUGGGCCCCUAGAUGACAUGAUACGGGAAUACAAUCUCUUUGUUACUGAACAUGCUGAAGUGAUGAGUAAAGUGAGGGAAAGCAUACUGGCCAAGCCUCACAAGGCCUUCCGCCUAGCCUAUAUACAAUGGAAUUCUUUAAUGGUCAUACCGAACACCCUGCAAGUACUGACAGCGUUCCUCAACGAAGACCAAGGAUUUGCGGUUGACCAGGUCGAUGGCAUCACGAUUCUGCUUCAAGAAAAUUUGAGACUGAAGGGCAGGAGAAAAAAAUUAUUUCUGGAGAAUAUACACUCCAUGUUAAAUACCCUAAGCUCCAAUCCAAACUGGGGAGAAGCCAAACUUUCGUACCUUGGCAACAUCCUAGGAACCCAGGUCGACCCAGGGGCCCCGCAAAACACGCAAACCAUCAUAUAUAUUUUUCGCGAGACUCACCAGCCAGUGGAAGUGUGCAAAGCGUCACAGUCCAUCAACGGAAGAGAGAAAGGAUUCAUCGGGGCUGUAUUCGACUUACCUCAGAUGGGCAAACUCGCCGUGAUGGGGGCACACCUGGACGGUUGGAUGGCGCCGCAGUUCCUUAAUAUGUUCCCCCUGCUUCUCAGUAGCUGCGGCAGCACAGAAGAAGGACUUGACUCAUUUUCCUUGGGUGUUGUUCUCGGUGGGGACUGGAACGAGCAUUUUCAUACUGAGGCCAUGGACAGUUUAUAUGAGCUUGCCGGUACAGACACUGUCCGGUACCCUGCCUUUGAUAAGGUGCAAGACUUGCCUUCUACAAUGCCAAAUAAUCUCAAGAUGACAGCUUUGUUUACAGAAGCGUUGAGUGAACCUCUUGAUAUUAUCGGUAGUGACUACCAACCGCUCCUUUGGUCUGGUGACAGACUUGGCAGGAGCGUUAACAUGGUAGGAGCUCCAAAAACACUCCCUGCAGCUAUGAGGCAAAUGGGUUUCAGUAUUAUCAGCAUCUGCUACAGAGCUGGAUUUACAUACAAGUGGUCCAGAGGGUGCGACUAUCCGAGGUCUGAGCCCAUGCCGGGCCAUUCCCCAUUUAGUGUGUUGAAGACUUGCCUGGAACCCAAGGUACUCGCUUCGCCACGAGGUGCCGGAUACCUCGACAGGGUUAUUGUUCGCACUGCCACAGCUAGCAGUGCAGCUCUGGAUCAGCUGUUGGAAGCGGGAGCGGUGACGGGAGAAUUACCGAAGAAUUUUGCCUCGAUAGUGAAAGGGGUCCAGGUAUACGAUAUGCGUAGCGACCACGUGAUGAUGGGUAAUAUCAUUGAGUUCCUUCAACCUACCUAA